CAAUCGUUCGGUUGUCAUCAUUUUAGAAUCGAUAUCACUUCUUUAUUUUUUGUUAAAAUUAACCAACAUUUUACAGAAAAUGUAUUUGUAAUUUGUGAAGUAACAAAAAUUAAUGAAAAUAAAAUGACCGUUGCCGAAUUUUUUGGAUGCACGUUUAUGGCCUUCGGGCCACCCUUUGCGAUGUUUAUUUUUACAAUUGCCCAUGAUCCAAUAAGAAUAAUAAUUCUUAUAGCUGCAGCAUUUUUCUGGUUGGUGUCUUUAUUGUUAUCAUCAAUUAUUUGGUCUGCGAUACCAUUAAAAACGCAUCUUGAAUUUGCUAUAUUUUACACUGUUUUGUUCCAAGAAGCUUUUAGAUUUGCAAUUUACAAAAUAUUGAGAAAAGCUGAAAAUGGCUUAAAGAAAAUUACUGACAAUAGUACAACUUUAAUUGAAAAUAAACACAUAUUAGCUUAUGUAAGCGGCUUAGGAUUUGGAAUUAUGAGUGGUGCCUUUUCCUUAGUUAAUGUUUUAGCUGAUGCAGUUGGACCAGGAACAAUGGGAUUAAAAGCUGGAAAGGAAACAUUCUUUGUGACUAGUUCAUUAAUUGGUUUAUGUUUUAUUUUACUGCAUACAUUUUGGAGUGUAAUAUUCUUUCAUGCAUGUGAUAAUAGGAACUAUUUACAUUUGGGAUAUGUCAUAAUUUCACAUUUAGUUGCCUCUUACUUGACAUUAUUAAAUAGUCACUAUGAAUAUUGGGGAUCAAUUACAACUUUAUAUGUAAUACUCACAUUUACAGGAUGUGCAGCCUUUAAAGUUGCAGGUGGGACAAUUGCUUCAUUAGUAAAUGGGCUUAAUUUUAAGGCUAUUGUUUAGAAAAAUAUGUUCUUAAUAAAUAUUUCAACUACUAAUGUAUUUAUUACAUUUUAUUUCCGACUUACUGUAUUAUAUUUAUUUAUAUUUGUAUUAAUAUAGAAAUAAACAAAUAAUCAAAACUUUUG